AUGUCAGAAACGAAACUUUCGGAGUUGGCGAUUCGUAUGUUUUCUUUUUAAAUUUCCUUCUAAUUCUCAUGAUUACCUUUUCUUAUUAAUUGUGAGUUAAAUUUCAUUGACAACAGGGGACCGAAUAUUUCAAAUCAAGUCAUCCUACUUUGAAAAUUCGAUGAUUUUUUUAUUUUUGAACUUGUCUUUUUUUCUCUCAUUUCAAGUUUUGUAUACGCAUUUGUUAGUUUUGCUGUAUAAGCCAUGUAGAAGUUUUGAAUAGAAUCAAAUUUCGAAAUUGAGAACCAACAAAAAUAAAUUGAAACAAAAGUUUUGAGUGGCUAAGAGGUAGCAAAAUUUAGAAAAAUAGUUAAAUGAAAUGCUAAGAUUUUGUCUAAAGUUAUAUGAAUGCGGUGUUUGAUUUGAAAAACUAUAGCGAUUUGAAGAAAGGAGGACUGAGAUUAAAAGUUCUAUGAAACUUGUGGGUUUGUUUCAAUAUAAGUGUUGUAUGCCUUUUCCAAGUUUUUUCAAGAUGCCAUUGCAGAGGAGCCACGGAUGAUUAUCGUUGAGGUAGUAGGUGCUAAGAAAAAUGUGGCUCUUGUUCGGCUAAACAGACCCGAAGCACUCAACGCGUUAUGUUCGCAGCUGAUGGACGAGGUUUUUUUUUUAUAUUUUCAGCAAUUAGGCUCAUUUUUCUUCUUCUGUUGCAUCUAUAUUCUCAAAACUUCGAAGGAUCUUUUCGAUAAAAAAGUUCGAAGAAGUUUUCAAAACAUUGAUUAAAAAUAUGAAAAGACAAACUGUGUAGAAUGUCGCUUAUGGAGUUCAAAGUUGACGGUUUCGAGAAGUUAAUGCAUGUAUCGUUUGAGCUAGCCGUUGCCCUAUUGAAGUUGGAUAUGAACACGGAAAUCCGCGUGAUUGUACUGACUGGCAAUGAAAAGGCAUUCGCUGGCAAGUAACGAUUGAUCGUAUUCUGUGAUUUUCUCAAUUUUUUCAGCAGGCGCUGACAUUAAAGAGAUGAGAGAAUUGGAGUUUGCACAAGUCUUUGGCGGCGGGUUUGCCAUUUUUUCGAGGUAAAAAAAAGAAGAUAUUUAAGGUACCUAGCUAAUUGGUCCGCACUUUCGGAUGUUAAAAAACCGGUGAUUGCCGCUGUCAACGGAUUUGCCUUGGGCGGAGGCUCAGAACUCGCGCUCAUGUGCGACAUCAUCUAUGCAGGCGACACCGCGCAGUUCGGUCAGCCAGAAGUCAACGUUGGCACCAUGCCAGGUCUUUCUUUCGAAUUAAUAAUUGGGAAAAUCAUGAAAACAGCAUGUCACCGAAAAUACGUAUUAUUAGGUAAAGACCCUUUAAUGACUAUCAGAUUGAAUUUUAUUACGGAGUCGGGAAGUCUAUUAUGUCAAUUUUUUUUUCGCAUAUAAAAUUCACAUCCUUUGAAUAUAAAUCAUUGGUGUGAUUCAAAAAAAAUGAACCGUAAAAAUUGUUUUUUUUUUCCUCCUUUUUUUUUGACCUUUUUUUGGUGAGCCAUAUUUUUAGACCUUUUUCAACGGUAUUUUUGUCUAAGGCUCUUUACCACGAGCUAUUCUGUCAUUUGCCAAUUCUUAAUGGGUUAAUAAUUUUUGGCCUGUUAUCAGGUGCUGGAGGAACGCAAAGAUGGCCCCGAUUCACUAGCAAAUCGUUCGCCAUGGAGGUUUGUCUGACAGGAAGUAGAAUAACAGCUCACGAAGCAAAGGACGCGGGUCUCGUCAAUCGGGUAACUUGCAGAAGAAAAAAAAAAGUCGCCAAGUAUCAAUUUCAGGUAUAUCCGGCAGCGGAUCUCGUCGCUGAGACAAUCAAACUCGCCGAAAAAAUAGCUGAGAAAUCUCCAAUAAUUGUUCAAACCAUAAAAGUUAGUCUUCUCACUAUCUCUCAGUAGUUUGGAAUGAUAUCAGGAAUCUGUGAACUCCGCCUAUGAAACGACUUUGAAUCAAGGGCUGCGCAUGGAACGACGGCUUUUCCACUCGACCUUCGCCACGGUUCGUUUUUUUGCUCAAUGUAUCCAGGAAAAAAAAUUUCCUUUGCAUGCAUUAAUUUUUGAUUAAAUUUUAAAAAAAUCUAAGUACUUUCAGAACGACCGUAAAGAGGGAAUGAAGGCGUUCUCAGAAAAGCGUACUCCCGAAUGGACCUCCUCUUAA